CUUGCCCCUGAGUGCGCCUGCGUCGGGCGUGGAUCCCAGGUGGUUUAGACGCUGCGCGACCCCUCGGUACCGCUCCGCGCUCUUUGCGUUUUCUGGCGGGAAGAGCGCACGCUAAUCUCCUCACAACGCAACUGCCGUUUUUCCUUCGUGGCCCUCAGCUGUGUCCAGAGCCUGGGACGUGACCGCAGACCCCUUUUUCUAGAACCUUCUAAAAGCUGACAAGAAGAGUAUAUUCCACAACUGGAGCCACAGAGAGCAGGGUGUGGGGAGUCCUUGGAGCUCUUGGAGCAGCCAGUCCUUUUUCAGUCCCUCCCAGUGAUGGAGAGAGGCUGUUAGUUUCGUCAGCAGCUGCAGAGCAGCAGGGGUGGCCCAUGGACCUGCCAGAGGCCCAGGCGGGUGGUCCGGCUACAAAAAUGUACCUCUGGGACAAGCCGGAAGAGGGGAGCCUGGGGACUCUGCUCAGCUUAGAGGAGCAAAUACUCAACUCCACAUUUGAAGCUUGUGAUCCCCAAAGGACAGGCACCGUGGCUGUGACCCAUGUACUAGCCUACCUGGAGGCUGUAACGGGACGGGGCCCCCAGGAUGCGCGCCUCCAAACACUAGCCUGCAGCCUGGACCCCAAUGGGGAAGGCCCUCAGGCCACCGUGGACUUGGACACCUUCCUAGUCAUCAUGCGAGACUGGAUCGCUGCCUGUCAGCUGGAUGGGGGAUUAGAGCUGGAAGAGGAGACCGCCUUCGAGGGAGCCCUGACCUCCCAGCAACGGCCAUCUGGAUGCCCAGAAGCUGAGGAUCCAGCCAACCUGGAGAGCUUCGGAGGCGAAGACCCCAGACCUGAGUUGCCCACCACAGCUGACCUGCUGAGCAGUCUGGAGGACUUGGAGCUCAGCAACCGCCGCCUGGUGGGGGAGAACGCCAAAUUGCAGCGCAGUGUGGAGACGGCCGAGGAGGGGUCUGCACGCCUCCGGGAGGAGAUUUUGGCCCUGCGCAAGCAGCUCCGCAGCACCCAGCAGGCUCUGCAGUUUGCCAAGGCUGUGGAUGAGGAGUUGGAGGAUCUGAAGACUCUGGCCAAGAGCCUGGAGGAACAGAAUCGCAACCUUCUGGCCCAGGCCCGGCGGACGGAAAAGGAGCAGCAGCAUCUGGUAGCUGAGAUGGAGACUCUGCACGAGGAGAACGGGAAGCUACUGGCAGAGCGGGAUGGAGUGAAGAAGAGGAGUGAGGAGCUGGCCAUAGAGAAGGAUGUUUUGAAGCGGCAGCUCUACGAGUGUGAACGCCUCAUUUGCCAACGAGACACCAUCCUCUCCGAGCGCACUCGGCACAUGGAGAGUCUGGCCAAGACCCUGGAGGAGUACAAAACCGCUACCCAGGAGCUGAAGCUGGAAAUCUCACACCUGGAGGAGCAGCUGAGUCAGACCCACAAGGGGCUGGAUGAGCUGCCUGAAGUGGCUCAGGUGAGAAGAGUGGACUGGACCGGGCUGCUGCCACCAUCGCUGGGUGUGGAGAUCCAGGCCAUUUGGCAGAAACAAGAAGUGGCAGCUACAGAUCUCUCCAACCCUCUGUGUGGCGUGUGGCAGUGGGAGGAGGUCGUCCAUGAGACCGAUGAGGAGGCUGAGUUUCCACCUGAAGCCCCAACUGGGAGGCAGAGAAAUUUGCAGGGAGAGCCAGCACACCCUCCUGAAGGAAGGAAAGAGCGAUCAAUGUGGUUGCCCAGAAGAGAUGAAGAGGAGGAGGUGGAGAUCUGGGUCAGGAUGGAUCUCCCCAUCCCUCUGGGAGACUCACAACCUGGAGACAUUCCAGGAAGCCCUCCUGCGAGCUGCCCUUCAGAGCCAGAUCUGCAGCAAGCCCUGGUGCCAGUGGUGAAGGAGCUGGUCCCAGACAGGAGGCCGGUCUGGAGCCAGCUCUGCCUGCAGCCCCUGCACCCCCAGCAGCUCAGGUUCACCCCAAGGUAUCUCCAGAAGGAGGGUGGUGGUCAGACAUCAGGACGUUGCCCAGUGCUGGGACACCAUGGGCUCUCCUGGGCUCCCCCAAGCACUGUUCUGCCUCCCAGAAGGGUCUCCAGGCACCCACUGAUCCCUGUGCCAGUCCUGGGGCUGCUGCUGCUGCUGCUGCUGCUCUCCAUCCUGCUGCUGGGCCAGUCCCCACCCCCUACCUGGCCCCACCUCCAGCUGUGCUACCUCCAGCCCCCUCCAGUGUGAGCCAUGCUCCCCAUUACCUCAGAGCAGCAUCUAGUUCAAUGAAUUCCUUGGGUUUUUUUUU